CACACCGCCAUGUACUUCACCAGCUGCUCCACGGGCUGCCAGCAGGCCAGCUGCACCCCCAGCUCCUGCCAGACGUCCUGCUGCGUGCCCGUGAGCUGCCAGACGUCCUGCUGUACCCCCAGCUCCUGCCAGACGUCCUGCUACGUGCCCAGUCCCUGCCAGGUGACCUGCUGCGUGCCUGUGAGCUGCCAGACGUCCUGCUGCACCCCCAGCCCCUGCCAGAUGUCCUGCUGUGUGCCCAGCUCCUGCCAGACGUCCUGCUGCGUGCCCAUGAGCUACAAGCCUGCUGUGUGCCUGCCCGUGAGCUGCAAGCCCAUUGUGUAUGUGGCCCCCUCCUGCCAGUCCUCUGGGGGCUGCCAGCCCUCCUGCCCCACCCUGGUCUGCAGGCCUGUCCCCUGCGGCACCCCUAAUUGCAGCUGAGCCCAUGGCCUCCUAGGACCCCUCCUCUGUGCGGUCAGAAGUGGCUGCUCUCUGAACUCCUACCAGGCGGCCCAGACAUCAUCCACUUCAGACCUUCUG